GCCAUGCCCACCAGGGAGAUGGUGGUGGUAUCAGCGGUGGUGUUGGGGGCACUGGUGGCUGUUGUCGCUGCCGACGGGACACACCAGAAUGAAGGGAAUAGCCUGAGAAAGCCGGUGUGUGGAGAGAUGGUUGAGCUUCAGGCCUGCCCCCUCCUGUACUUGCCUGUGUGUGGGACCGAUGGGAACACCUAUGCCAACGAAUGCCAGCUCUGUGUGCAGAAAAUGAAAACUAGGCAAGACAUCCGGAUUUUGGAAGAUGGGGAGUGUCAAGAUCUCUGA